UCACUUCAAUGGCCACUCUUAAACCCCAACUCUGAUCCCAAUACAGAUUCGAACCCUAAUUUUCUCCCCGACCAAUCCCAAACCCUUGAUUUCGAUUCUUUAAUGUCUUCUCAACCUCAAUCUCCGUCCCACCACACCCCCGUCUCUUCGCCGGAAUCUUGCCCCACCACACCACCGCCACCUCCGUUGCUCCUUCAACUUUCUUUUAACCAAGAUCACGCUUGCUUCUCCGCCGCUACAGAUAACGGCUUCCGCAUCUUCAACUGCGACCCUUUCCGUGAACUCUUCCGCCGUGAGUUUGAUGGCGGAGGAAUCGCCCACGUGGAGAUGCUUUUCCGUUGCAACAUAUUGGCACUUGUUGGCGGUGGAACUCAGCCUCAGUACCCUCCCAACAAAGUCAUGAUAUGGGACGAUCACCAAGGGAGGUGCAUCGGUGAACUUUCUUUCCGAGCCGCCGUUCGCGGCGUUCGACUCCGGCGGGAUCGAAUUAUCGUCGUUGUGGAACAGAAGAUAUUCGUUUACAACUUCGUUGACCUAAAGCUGUUGCAUCAAAUUGAAACAAUCGCGAACCCUAAGGGGCUAUGUGCAGUUUCACACUUGUCUGAUUCUCUUGUUCUUGCUUGCCCUGGUUUGCAUAAGGGUCAGAUUCGCGUCGAAAACUUUGCGCAGAAGAAGACAAAGUUUAUUUCUGCUCAUGAUUCAAGAAUAGGUUGUUUCGCUCUCACACUUGAUGGACGGAUAAUUGCCACCGCCAGCGUCAGGGGUACGCUGAUUCGGAUUUAUGAUACGGAUCAUGGCACACUACUUCAGGAAGUAAGAAGGGGUGCCAAUGCAGCUGAGAUAUUUAGUUUGGCAUUUUCUUCUACUGCUCAGUGGCUAGCAGUUUCAAGUGACAAGGGUACUGUCCAUGUUUUUAGCCUUAAGGUUAAUUCCGGUGUCUCUGAGCAUGAAAAGUCUCAAAGUUCAUCGAGUUCAGAUGCAGCGGUUGCCCCGUCUAGCUCAUCUCGUUCCUUCAUUAAAUUUAAAGGAGUGUUGCCCAAGUAUUUCAAUUCAGAGUGGUCAGUGGCUCGGUUUCACUUACAUGAGGGCACCCAGUACACAGUUGCAUUUGGUCUCGAAAAGAAUACAGUCAUAAUUCUUGGCAUGGAUGGAAGUUUCUAUAGAUGCCAAUUCCAUCCAGCACAUGGAGGUGAAAUGACCCAGUUGGAAUAUCAGAACUUUUUAAAGCCAGGAACAGCCUUGUGAGAUGAAAUCCUGUAGUUUGGUGACGCUUAUCUUUUAGUUAGGGUUGUUUCUACAGGAAUAUGCACCGUGUAAUAAUAAUAGAAGUAGAUGAUGAGUGUAAAUGUGUAAUUAGUAAUAGAUUGGAUUCGAUGGGAGGCUGAGGUACGCAAACACCAUUAUUGUUUACUAUGGGUCGAUCUUGUUGCUUCCAUUGUAAUAUUUGUAAUUAUAUAGCUCACUAUUUUUUUAAUACUAAUAAAUAUUGAAAGCUGUGGUAAAGCAAGCAAUCACUUUCCUAA